ACCUCGGAUAUAAAUUAUGAAGGCGUGCUAUAAUGUUUCCAUGGCUCAAAGGUCUUGCACUUAUCAUGACGUGAAUUGAAGGAUACAUCGCUUAAACAUGAAUGCAGCUUGGCCACAUAUUCCGGAGGUCGAAAGACUGAGCGCGAGAGUCAUCCGCAUACUGGGAGGUAACCCGGGCAAGUUCACGCUACAAGGCACGAACACAUACCUCAUCGGUCAAGGACCUCGCCGUAUCCUCAUCGACUCCGCCCAGGGCAUCCCCUCCUGGAUCCACGCGUUGAAGAAUGUCCUCGCCAGCGAGAAUGCCACCAUUGAGCGCGCCAUCAUCACCCACUGGCACCCCGACCACGUAGGCGGCAUCCCCGACCUCCUCGCCCUCUCCCCGACCACCCUGAUCCACAAGUACGACCCGAACGAAGGCCAAGAAGACAUCCGCGAUGGCCAGAAGUUCUCCGUGCAGGGCGCCACUCUCCGCGCGUUCCACUGCCCGGGCCACACCACCGACCACAUGGCGCUGGUCCUUGAGGAGGAGGACGCCAUGUUCACCGGCGACAACGUCCUGGGCAACGGCACCUCGGUAUUCGAGGACCUCGCGGUCUACAUGGGCUCGCUCGACCGGAUGGCGACCCAGUUCAAGGGCCGAGGAUACCCCGCCCACGGCACGCUGAUCGACAACGGGCCGCAGCGGAUCGCCGAGUACAUCGCGCAUCGCCAGGAGCGGGAGAACCAGAUCUUGGGGCUACUCGCGAGCGACAAGACGGCGGUGGGGAUGGAGCCGGGGCAUGGCUGGACGAGCAAAGAGUUGGUGCAGGUGAUUUAUAGAGAUCUGGUAGAGCAUAUGCACCAGGCGGCGGAACGAGGCGUGCUGCAGGUGUUAGAGAAGCUGCAGUCUGAAGGCCGCGUGGCGCACGAGGAGAGUACGAACGAAUACUCCUUGACUGGAUAUCCACGGUGAACGUUAUGACCAAUCCGAUUUCAUAGUAUGAUUUGUCACGGUAAUUUAAUGAGUGUGACUAUUGCAGUCUCACAUGCAGAUACGAUCCCUUUCUGCUUUUUUUUAAUGCGCAAUGAAUGUAGUUACGAACCCAGACCAAUUCAAGCCUGCUUCUGAGUGCCCUUUGUGUCGUCCAACGCGAAACAUCUCUCCACCGAGUCCUUGUUAUUCAUGAACCAAUUCGGCAUGGCAAU